CGGAUUUCCUGCUCCCAUUGCCACAUAUUUAAACAUCCACAAAUGCAGAACGAAGCCACCUGAAGACAACGAACGAAGUGCGCAGAAGAUGGCGAAACCCGCCAUCGCCGCGUUAUCAUUCUCCAUCGUCCUCCUCUCCAUCCUCGCUCAGCAAUCCUCAUCUUCCCCGUCCUUCAAACCCAUCUCCUCCCGCGGCGCCCCGAGGUUCCUCGGCAGAUUCUCGACCUCCAAACCCCACCACCGCGACCGGCGGUCGGAUCAGCUUCUUGGGUACCGAUACGAGACGCGGUACUUCGAGCAGCAGCUCGACCACUUCAGCUUCGCGGAGCUGCCGACGUUCAGGCAGCGGUACCUCAUCAGCUCGGAGCACUGGGUCGGGCCCGAUCGGCUCGGACCCAUCUUCUUGUACUGCGGGAAUGAAGGCGACAUCGAGUGGUUCGCUGCCAACUCGGGCUUCGUGUGGGAGAUCGCCCCGAGCUUCGGUGCCAUGGUGGUUUUCCCCGAACAUCGGUAUUAUGGUGAGUCAAUGCCAUAUGGGAGUCAAGAGGAAGCGUACAAGAAUGCCGCUUCCUUGUCUUAUCUUACGGCGGAGCAAGCGCUCGCUGAUUUCGCGGUGUUGAUCACAGACUUGAAGCGAAACUUGUCUGCUGAGGCUUGCCCUGUUGUUCUUUUUGGUGGUUCAUACGGUGGAAUGUUAGCAGCAUGGAUGAGGUUAAAGUAUCCGCAUAUUGCCAUAGGCGCACUUGCUUCUUCAGCUCCGAUUCUUCAGUUCGAAGAUAUUGUGCCACCAGAAACGUUCUACGACAUUGUCUCCAAUGAUUUUAAACGUGAAAGUACUAGCUGCUUUAACACCAUUAAAGCAUCCUGGAAUGCAUUGAUAUCCGAAGGCCAGAAGGAGAAUGGUCUUUCAAAACUGACAAAAAUGUUCCGGCUAUGUCGGGAGUUAAAGAAUACAGAAGAGCUGGCCAAUUGGCUGGAUUCCGCUUACUCCUUUUUGGCAAUGGUUGACUAUCCAUAUCCUUCUGAAUUUCUUAUGCCUCUACCUGGAUACCCAAUAAGAGAGGUCUGCAGAAAGAUUGAUGGUUGUCCAGAUGGGACUAGCAUUCUGGAACGUGUAUUUGAAGGUGUUAGUGUCUAUUACAAUUACACCGGAGAAGUUGAUUGCUUUGAAUUGGAUGAUGAUCCUCAUGGAAUGGAUGGCUGGAACUGGCAGGCAUGCACAGAGAUGGUUAUGCCCAUGUCUAGUAGCCCAGAUGCAAGCAUGUUUCCUACAUACGAUUUUAAUUUUUCUGCUUUCCAAGAGGAGUGCUGGACCGAUUUCAAAGUCAUUCCAAGACCAACAUGGAUAACAACUCAUUUUGGUGGGAAAGAUAUCAUGACCACUUUGAAGACGUUUGGAAGCAACAUCAUCUUCUCAAAUGGCUUUCUUGAUCCUUGGAGUGGUUAUAGUGUGACCCAGAAUGUAUCUGAUUCUCUUGUUGCUUUAAACACCCAAGAAGGUGCUCAUCACAUAGAUUUGCGUGCUGCAACGGCGGAGGAUCCAGACUGGCUGGUAGAACAAAGAGCGGCUGAGAUCAAGCUGAUGAAGAAGUGGUUGAGCGACUAUUACCAGGCGAAGGGAGCUACUUUGCUAUCUAAUGUGGAAACAGGUGACAGAGCUGAAUCCAUGUAAACAUAUCCACAGUCCUCCCUUUAUGUAGUAAAAUGCGCAAAAGGCUACAUCGAUGUAAAUAUGUCCGCAGACUAAAUUGAGAUGAUCUCGUAAUAACCACGGGUGGUGGUUGCUUGUAUGGGUAUUGUAAAGAAAAGGCUAGACUGAAUAUUGGUAAUGAUGUCGGUUCCAUCAUUAUACAGUGGUUUUUACUAAGGAAUUCGGAAUCUGGAGUUCUACCAAGAAAUGAAAAAGUCUAGAUCAAUAAUUGUAGGGAAUUAA